UGGAAGAGUAGUAUUGUUCGCGACGUCCUUUCUUCCAAGCACCAAACGACUAGAAUUUGAGUUAUUUACAGAAUGUCUGUAGGGGCCCCUCAAAUUCCAAUUAUUGUUCUGAAAGAAGGCACUAAUGAUUCGCAGGGUCGUGGUCAACUGCUCUCGAACAUUAAUGCUUGCGUCGCUGUCCAAGAUACCAUUCGGACAACCCUUGGACCUUUGGGAGCUGACAAAUUGAUGGUUAAUGACAGAGGUGAGGUUGUCAUUUCGAAUGACGGCGCUACUAUCAUGAAGCUACUUGACAUUGUUCAUCCUGCAGCCAAGACUCUUGUGGACGUUGCUCGCGCUCAAGAUGCUGAGGUUGGCGAUGGUACUACGUCUGUAGUCGUCUUUGCUGGUGAAUUAUUACGGGAAGCCCGCAAUUUUGUGGAAGACGGUGUUAGCUCGCACUCAAUUAUUCGCGGCUACCGUAAAGCUGCUCAAUUAGCAGUCAACAAAAUCAAAGAAAUAGCCAUUCAAUUAGAUUUAUCAGAUGAAACAAAAUUACGCGAUUUGUUGACGAAAUGUGCUGCUACUGCCAUGAGUUCCAAACUAAUUCGUUCCAAUUCAUCUUUCUUUACGAAAAUGGUUGUAGACGCCGUCCUUACUUUAGACAGAGAAGAUUUAAAUGAAAACUUGAUUGGUAUAAAAAAGGUUCCAGGCGGUGCUAUGGAAGAUUCUCAGCUGGUAAAUGGUGUUGCUUUCAAAAAGACUUUUUCAUACGCAGGAUUUGAGCAACAACCCAAAUACUUUAAAAAUCCUAAGAUUCUUUGCUUGGAUGUCGAGCUGGAACUGAAGGCUGAAAAGGACAAUGCUGAAGUUCGUGUCGACAAGGUUCAGGAAUACCAAAACAUUGUGGAUGCUGAAUGGCGCAUUAUUUUUUCAAAAUUAGAGGCUACUGUUGCCACUGGUGCCAAGGUUGUUUUGUCUAAGCUUCCCAUCGGAGAUUUGGCUACUCAAUACUUCGCUGACCGUGAUAUCUUCUGCGCUGGUAGAGUGGGUACUGAUGACUUAAACCGCGUUGUUGAAGCUGUCGGCGGUUCCAUUCAAUCAACAUGUUCGAAUAUUGAAGAACAUCACCUCGGAACUUGCAGCACUUUUGAAGAACGCCAGAUCGGUGGUGAGCGCUUCAAUUUAUUUGAAGGUUGUCCCAAGUCGAAGUCCUGCACCCUUAUUCUUCGUGGUGGUGCUGACCAGUUUAUCGCAGAAGUUGAGCGCUCUUUACAUGAUGCUAUCAUGAUUGUUAAGCAUGCAUUGAAGAAUAAUCUUGUUGUAGCAGGUGGUGGUGCCUGUGAAAUGGAACUUUCUAAAUAUCUUCGGGAUUACUCCCUUACCAUUUCUGGAAAACAACAAAACUUCAUUGGAGCUUUCGCUCGUUCUUUGGAAGUUGUCCCUCGCCAACUUUGUGACAAUGCUGGUUUUGACUCCACUGAUAUAUUGAACAAACUCCGAAUGAUGCAUGCUAAAGGUGAUAAAUGGGCUGGUGUUGAUAUGGCAACCGAAGGUGUUGCCAACAAUUUUGAAAAGUUUGUAUGGGAACCGAGUUCUGUCAAAUCUAAUGCAAUCAUGUCAGCAGCGGAAGCAGCUACUUUAGUUCUUUCUGUCGACGAAACUAUAAUGAAUGAGCCUUCCAAACAACCUCAGGGUCCACAAGGUGGUAUGCCUCCCGGUGCUGCACAAAGGAUUAUGCGUGGCAGAGGUCGUGGUAUGCCUCGUUGAUGUGCUAUGUUGAUGAUUGAACAAAAGAGAAGACUGGGAAAAAAAUUAAAAUAUAUUGCAAAACUUUGGUUACUUUUUAUGCACUUCUUUUUUAAGUAUAAAUUUUCAGUUUAAAGAUUAGUAAGGAGUAAUUGAUGUUUGUUUUUGCAUAUGAAAGUAUCUACUACAUAUUUUUCGUUGAUACCCUUAUGAAAUAUAGAAACUAGAAAACCAAAGCUUUUAUUUUUCCGACGUAUCCUUAUAUCCUUCAGACUAUGGAAAAUGUUUGCUGCUGUGUGAUUUCUCAGCUAAUUGUAGUAAAAACUCAUUAUAUACUUAUGCA